AUGGAUAAGCUCCUGUACGUCAUGGGCGAGCUGCAGUCGCAGGCCAGCCUCGCGACCCCGGCCAUUCCCAUCUGUGAUGAGAAGCUGCAGCAGCUGGUCGAAACAAUGACCGGGCCGACGCUGGGAAACCUGACGCCGGCGCAUGUGGACGGCAUCCUCGUGGCAAUGGGCCGACUGGCGUUUUCACCGGCCGGUAUACCGAGCGGCACCCGCGAAGCAGUCUUGAACUGCCUGGAGAGGAUGCUCAAGCUCUCUCCAGAGAUUAGGAUGUGCUUUGCAGACCACGGUCAUUUCCCGCUGACCAUACAGAGGUCCGACGUACGAACCGAGGAGCCGCUGAUCCUGUCGACCGUUGAGACAUUGGUGACGUUGUUGGCCGACUACAUAGUCGAUCUACGGAUUUACUUUUGUAGUGACGGGAUGGCGGAAAUUAUCGACAAUAUGCUGUAUCAAUGCAUGCUCGAGCCUCGCCUUCUGGGCACUGAUGGCCCGGCCGUGGGCGAGGCCGCACUUCGUCUCCUCCUCGCUAUUACCGACCGCUUCCUCAACGAAGCCGGUCGGUACAAGGAGUCCUUCUACGCCGCCUUUGUGCUAUUCCUGAAGCGCCGCGGCGGGCGCUCCGGCCUCAAGGGCGCGCGGGGCCUGCUCGUGCAGUGCAUGCUGCGGUGGCUGCUGCACACGUACCACCACGGCGAGGAAGAUGGGGGUGGGAUCGACGUGUGGCCGCUCGUGGACCUCGAAGGGCUGUUCGUGGCGCUCCGCACGGUGCUGUCGCCGCACGCCUCGCAACUCGCUCAGCGCACACAUCUUGCGCCGCUGGUCGAGGUGCUGGCAUUGCUGGCGCGGCAGGGGCCGGCACCGCUGAGGAGCCAGAUGCGCGAGAUGCUUCUCGGCGAGGGCGGCGGCGACUCAAGUGACCAGGGAGCGGGGACGGGUGGUGACUCGGUGCCGCAGGCGUUGCUUCGGCUGUCGAGAGGAGCGUCGGUGGAGUUGUCGCGGCCGCUGAACGACUUGUUCGCAGUGUUAGGUAGCUGUUAA